ACAUUACGAUAUUAUUUGUGGUUAAUUUGCGCGCGCCGGCGUUGGGUGAAAAAUUAUAAAGACUGCCUGAGAUCUGGAUAAAUAAGUGAAUGUGACUCGAUGAGCGACAAAGGAACCAUUCCGAUUUCAUAGAUAAGCGCGGUCAACAAAGAAACAAAUAUGAUAAGCCUAAUAAUGCCACUGGCGGCGACGGCCAUACCCAUUAGUGCCAUUCUUUUUGUUGCCGGCACGUUUCUGUUCAAGGGAUUCCUCAAUAUACGUUCCCGCUACGAUGCCCGCGUGAAUUGUUGGUUCUGCAAUGGCAACGCACGAGUUCCCUACGCGGAUCGCAAUAGUUGGACCUGCCCCAAGUGCGAGCAGUACAAUGGAUUCACCAAGGACGGUGACUACAACAGGGACAUGACCUCGCAGCGGGACUGCAGCCUUGGCUCCCAGAAGAACAGCUCCCACGGCAGCUCGAGCAUCUGCGCGAACUCCUAUUACCAGGACGUCCUGGCCGCGAACCCUCCAGAGCCCAAAAAUGGCCUGUGCGACCAGUGCAACGAGGCCCAGCGCCUCAAGGUCGAGAAGUUGUCGCAGUUCGAGCCCAAGAAUGAGUCGCGAUUUGAUCAGGAACUUAAGGUUUACAGAGAACGACUGGAGAAGCAGUUUCGCCUGUGCAGCAGCUGCGAACGGCACGUGAACAAAGUCCUGCACGAGAAGAAGAAAAUGGUGUUGAGCUCCAAGUUCCUAAACUAUAUCAUCAAGGGGGCAUCGCUGCUCAAGCAGCCGCACUUCAAUCGGUUGGCUAGUGCCCAAAAGCAGUACAAACUCCAGCGAUACCGCGCUCUAAUGACCAUCCUGACCGUGGUCAACAUUAUUUGCCUGCUCUGCCGCUUGCCACAUGGAACAGCCCAUCAGUUUACGACUUUCCUUGGAAAAUUCGUUGGAUUAGCCCUGUUCUAUGCCUACUCCCAUGUGCUGGCCUUUAUUCGAGUUCUGACCUCCGCCGUGGGCAUUUUUCUGGAACAGCGGGAAACAACAUCGAAACUAUUAUUAUACUGCCGUACUUUUGGCAAGCUAUUGCUGUAUUCGGUGGGCUUAAGCCAGCAGCAAGUGCAGCAGGCCACCUUUGCAUCUUGUUUUAUUGGGGUCUACCCAUAUGCCAUGUUGGCCCUGAGUUUCCUGCACAAGAUCAAUGACGGCUUGAAGUUUACGCGAUUUACCAUCGCCCUACUGCUGUGGAGUGCGUAUGCAACGGGAACCGAACUGCUAGCUCCUCAUAUUGAUGGAAUCUCUUUUAUACUACUGGGCAGUGUUUUCACCCUGGUUUUGUUGAUCACCAACCAGUCCAAUCUGCUUAGUCAAACGAGUCACAACGAGUCCGCCUGCGAGAGUUUCCAUCGCCUCUGUGCGGAUGAAUGUGAUGAGGAAACGCUAAGCAUGCUCAGUCAGCAGUUAAGCGGGUGCAGCAAUACCAGCACUGGCAAUAUAUCGCUCCGCUCCGCCUCAGUUUGCCAUUCACCUGCUCCCACAAUCUCGCAGCGAACAAUUCAACCGCCCGCUUCUCUGUUGUCCCUGGAUUCGUUGCACCUGUCAAAGCAACGGAUGGAACAGCAGGCCUGGUCCUCGAACUAUGGAGGAGCGUCUACAGUGGUUACGCCGCAAGUCCAACAUCCGUUGAUGUUCCAGCAGAAACCGAUGAGGCCAAUGGAGUCCCAAUGGUAUCGUCCCGGUUAUGGUAACAUGGCCCAGAACCAGGCUUUUACCAGAUCCACGCACAAUUUGUUGAUGCCAUCGCGUUUGCCGGUCAUAAACAGGAAUGUCGGCGGCGCUGAUGUAAGCGCCUGGGUGGCGGCCAAUCAAAGUAUCAACCAGGACCUAAGCACUGCCAGUCUUAUGAGACACUACGAGGAGAAACAGCAGCAACUCUCACGCACCUCGUCCCAAUCUUCCGGAUUCGAGUCGCAGCCCCGACCAGAGACGCAAUGGGGAACAGCUGCGCCGACCAUUAGGGACUACGGCUGGUCCGACACUCGGGGAAGUCAACGCAACCUGGCUGCUUUCCCGCCCCUAGCAUCGCCCACUCCCACAUUGGCGCACAGUGAAUUUCCGUACUCGAGGACAACUGUGCCGCAGCAACAGCCAACCAUUCAGCCUGGGGAUUUACUUAGGAAAUGGAUCGAGGGCAGCUCCAAAGCCACACAACCAAUCCACUGAAAUGUGAUACAAAGUCAUAAAUAUCUAGGAAAUCAGAGAAGAAUUAUAAGAUCAUAGAGAUUCUUAAGAUAGCAAAACAAAUCACAGCCAGUUAGGAAAUAUUACAAAUUUGACUUAACUUCACUGUCAUAUAACUUAUUACUUUUGACUAUUAGUUUUUAAGUUUUCUAUUUUACGGAGGGUUUAUCAGUGUCUGUAGUGCUUAACUAGACGUUCCUGACUUCCGUGGUACCGAUCUACAGACUCUUGAUAGAAGGUAAAAUCGGGUUAGACCUUAAUUAUGUAUUUAAUUGAGAAUUAUCAUUAACAGCCUGUUUUUAUCGUUAACUGAACUCAGCAGGAGCUUCUCCUAAAACUUUGUGACUAACAUAAUUUAGAGAAAUUGUUUAUUAUACAAAUGGAUAUUUUUUGAAAUAAAAUUGGAACAAAACAUAAAA